CAGAAAACGACGGAAGAGAAAGAGAGAGGAAGAGAGAGAGAGAGAGAGAGAGAGAGAGAAAGGGUGUUGGCGAGUCGUCGAAGCGUAGCGAGCUGAUACAAAUCGACGUUUUUUCGACGUUAUGAAGCUCGAUAUCCUUCCUCGGUGAACUAUGGAGAAACUAACCGGGUUUUUGUUGCUAUUGGCGACGCUGAACGUCGCUCGAGCCCAGAACAAGGUAACGCCGAGAUACUUCAAAGAUGGCGGGGUGCUAACGUUGGAGCCGAGCCCUCGUCCUACUGGACCCAUCACCAACCUCGUGUGGAAACUACAGGGGAACCUGGUAGCCGAGUGGUUCAAAGACAAAGACACGGGUCAAGAACUAGUUCCUUUGACUUAUUACAGAACAUAUAAAGGACGCGCUACCAUGGAUGUAACCACUGGACGGUUGGACAUUACCAAAAUGACUAAAGCUGACACGGGGUUGUAUUCAGUGGAAGUGAACAGCGUCGCCCAGAACGAGCGCUACGACGCCGUAAUGAUAAAAGAAGUCCCCGAGCCUGAGGUAGUGACACGGCCGUUGACGUGUUCCUCCGCGUCGGACGGCUGCACGCUAACCUGUGACGCGGACCCCGCGGUCCUCGUAGGCGCUGGACCCGUCACCUACAGCUGGAAGAAGGGGGACGGAGACUGGACCGGGUCGGGAAAGGACCUGGACAUCACCAAGGAGGGGACAGCAGAGGUGGAGACCUUCACCUGCCGGAUACAGAACCCAGUCAGCGCGAGAGAAAGUAGACCCAGAAGAAACCCGCUGUUAAUAGGGUAGCCCUGGAGUUGGGGCGAUUGUGGGUGCCAUCAUUGGGGUCCU